AUGUUGGAUCAUUUAAUUUUGAAUGAAUUGGCUGGACAAGUUAUACUGAGCAAACAAUAUCUCGAUGAGGAGAUUAUUGAAUUACUUCCUGUUCAGAAACAUGGUCAAAUGCCUGAUCAAGUUCCUCCUCAUUUUCAUGGAGAACUUACUGAAAAUGUUUAUAAAAGAUGCCAUUCUCGAUUUGAAGAGAUAGUACAAGCACAUCAACCAAGACAUGGACGUAGAGGACGAAGGACAGGAAGAAAUCGUGGACACAAUGGAGGAGGACGUGACUGAAAAGAGUCGCAAAGAAUUUUUUCGGAUUUUUUCCUUAUUUUCUACAAAAUAUUGAGUUCUAAA